AUGUUGCCCUCUUGCCUUCGCCUUCGCCCUCUUGCCCUUGCCCUUGCCCUUGCCCUCGAUCCCUUGCCCUUUGCCUCUCCAUCCCUUGCCCUUUGCCUCUCGCCCUCCGUCCCUUGCCCUUUGCCUCUUGCCCUCCGUCCCUUGCCCUUUGCCUCUUGCCCUCUCGCGUUCACCAUCACCCUCUCUCCGUCGCCCUCUCGCCAUCACCCCCCACCCCUCACCUUUCGCCCUCCACCCCUUGCCCCUCACCCUUCACCUUCAACCUACAACGACACAGGGCACAGAACGACAAGAACGGCCACAGGGGGGCCCAGGCCAAGGACGACUCGGAUGAUGGCGACACAAGAGGAUGACAAUGGCAGUGGGUACAGCAGGACGACGGCAGCGAGGGGCACAGCAGGACGACAGCGGCUGCAUUCACAGGACAGCGACGAUGGCAGCAGCAGGCGACAACAGCGGCAGGCGACAACAGCAGCAGGCGACAACAGCAGUGGGCGACAACAGCAGUGGGCGACAACAGUAGCGGGCACGGGAGGACGACAGCAGCAGGCACAGGACAACAAUGGGGGGAGGGCACAGGACGAUGAUGACGGUGGGCACAGGACGUCAUGCUGCCCUCUCGCACUUGCCCUUGCCCUUGCCCUUGCCCUUGCCCUCGCUCGCCGUUUGCCCUUGCCCCUUGUUUACCCUUGCCCGCUGUUCUGA